AUGGGCCGUUCCACCAUCCCACCCGCCCUCGCCGAGCUCUCGAAGCCUACCUCGCCCGAUGCGCAAGUCGCCGCCCUACGAAACCUCAAGAACGAGAUUGUCGGACACGAGCAGAGGAAGGAGCUGGCCGUCACGCAUGGCCUCGUCCGCCCCCUCGCCGCCUUGCUGGACGAGGGCGCCAGGAAAGGAGGCAGGAGGAGACACAGCAAUGGCGCGGCCCAGGAGCUCCAGAACGGGUCCGCCCCUCGGUCGCAGACACGGCACGCCAAAGACGACUGGACGGUAGACGACGAACUCCGACUCCAGGCUACGCUGGUAGUCGGCAGUCUGGCGAACGGUGGCCCAGCAUUCACAACCCCCUUGCUCGCAGGCCAAGUUCUCUCUCCCCUGCUCGAAGCACUACGACCGCGCGAGACACCGACACGACUGCUCACGGCCACGCUCAUGACCCUCAACCAGAUCGCCGAUGCCGUUGCGCAGGAGAAGCCGGGGUCUGACGCGGGCGGGCAGAGCCUCGCGGCCGCGGUGAGAGAGCAGCUCUACACGCCAUCCGUGGUCGAGAACAUGGCCGAGAUACUGGCGCAGACGCCUGGUCCGUCCCAGGCCAACCACCAGCAGGCCCUGCUGGCGACGCAACUGCUUACCAAGACAUGCGUGGAGGAGCCUCAGAAGAAGAUGCUCGUAGACGCUGGGAUACUGCAUCUCCUGGCUGGCAAGCUAGCCAGCGUUGCGGCGGCAGACCAACGGCUUCCUCAGACCGAGUCCACGCGGUCGCAGCGAGAAGAGGUACCGUGGAGCUUCUCGUCUGCCAUCAUGGAGGCUGUCGCAGUCAUUGUCAGGGACUCACACUUCUACACCGCACGCUUUCUAUACUCCCAACCUAUACAACAGCUCUUCGGCUGGCCCAAGGAACGCACAUCGACCGCAUACGAUGCACCGAGCAGCUCCACACAGCCCUUGUGGGACACGCUGAUACCGCGUGUGCAAACCAUGACGAGCAAAACGGACCCUUACACCAAAUCCUGGCCAGCCCUGGGCUCGUACACGGCAGUGGCUGGCGAGAGCUACACUCGGCUACCUAGCAUGGAGUCGCUGCAACAAAACUCCAGCCGCAGCAUCAUCACAGACGAGUCUGAGUCGCCUCUGUUCAUAUGGCUCAUGUAUGUGGCGCGGCGUAGCGAGGGUGCGGAGCGCUUGUCUGCGUGCCAUCUCCUGGCGCUGCUGAAGAAGUUUGGCGACAAGUGGCCGCUGAACGAUCCCUCCAAGGUGACGCGGGAACGACACUUCUCGUACUUGGUCGUUCCCUUGGUCGUCAAGAUGAUCGAGGAAUCCUCCGAACAGGCCAAAAAGGCACACACGCUCAGCCCUGCAGCGAGAGACGAGAUGCGAUUCGUGCUCGAGCGCUCGCCCCUCGUCCUGGCCGAGCUGGUCGCUGGGAACAAGGUACUUCAAACCGCUGCAGUGGAUGCGCGAGUCCUGUCUACGCUUGUGCAAACACUAAAGAGGUCUUUCGAGCGAGUCACGACAAACGCGAAGCCUCUCUGGCAACCGAGAUCUGCAUCCUAUCAAGUCAAGGACGCGGCCAUCGACCCCGAGUCUUCUAGCCUGGGAAGGCCCGGGCUUGACGCAGGUGUCCUGCAUGCAUACAGGUGCAGGGAGAGUGCGCUGCUGGCUCUGGCGGCAAUAGCCGGAGACCAGGAUGGGUACCGGAAACUGGUGAUCGAGAUGGGUGCUGCGACACACAUCAUAGAGUCCUUGGUCCCCUACUCGGACUCGAGCGAGAAGGACGGCAAUCCUGACGCUGUCCUCAAGGCAGCUUGUAACGUUACAAGAUCGCUGUCGAGAUCGGUCAGCGUGCUCAGGACAAGUUUGAUUGAUCAUGGGAUAGCGAACCCCGUGUUUGGACUGCUCAACCAUCAGAAUGUCAAGGUGCAGAUCGCGGCUACGGAGGUCAUCACCAACCUGGUUCUGGAGGUGUCGCCAAUGCGCACUGAGAUCAUCGAAGCGGGAAUCAUGAAGACACUCUGUGAGCAUUGCCGCUCCGCCAACUUCGAUCUUCGAUACGGCAGUCUCUGGGCCCUGAAGCACCUCUGUCUUGGCAUACCGUUCGCCAUGAAGAUACAGUGCCUGGACGAGCUGGGCGUCGGCUUCUUGAUGCAGACGCUCAGUGGUGAAUCUACCAAGCCUGCAAUGGCCACGCCGAACGCUGCAGGUGAGAGGGUCGAUAUCCUAAACGCCGUUGAUGAGCCACCCAUGGACGUCGACGAAGAGCCAUCUUCUUCUGAAGAUGAGGACGUGAUGACUGACAGCAUACCAUCGAUGCGACGGCACCAGCGCCCCGGCUCUCGGUACGCCAGCGCAACCAACAUCCGCGACCGACUCCAGCAGAUCAAGAAUGACGAGCUAGACCCGCGGCUCAAGCUGGAGCGCGAAGACCAAGCAAUCCAAAUGCAGUCGUUGGAUUUCAUCCGCAACUUCUGCUCCGAGGAAAAGCAAUCUGGCGAGAUGAUCGACCAUCUCCUCAAGACCUACGGUCACAGUCGUUUCUUCGAGAUGCUGGACUCAAAGAUUCGCCCAAAACCCUCAUCUACCACAGCCUCCUCCCAACACGCACAGACACAGACACAGGCCGAUCCCGCUCCCUCCUACUGGCCCGGUACAACACAGCAACGCCCCCCAUAUCCCUCUUCGCCAGCCACACAGCCGAAUUGGACGCUCUACCAAUCUUGGGAGAUCCUAAAGGCCGCCGUGUUCAUCUUUGUACAUCUCGCCAACGGGCGACCACACCACCGCUCUCUCCUCCUCUCACAAACAUCCCUCAUGCGGCACGUGCUCGCUCUCUUCUCCUACCCCAACCGCGACGUGCGUCUAGGCUGCGCGUGGAUGGUCAUCAACCUCGUCUGGGUCGAAGACCACACCGACGAGAACGCGACGAGGGAGCGCGCGCGCGUGCUCAGAGACAUGGGCUUCGAGAGCGCAGUAAACCUACUGACGAGAGACGCGGAUCUGGACGUCAGGGAGCGCGCCAAGACGGCAAGCGAUGUGCUGAACAGACUGAAUGGAGAAACCGUCCCAGAGGGAAGGAGGACAGCCGACGCGCAAGGAAGAGCAGGAAGCGGGUAUGCAAGUCCGAGCCAGACAUUCGGUGUGGACGGACUGAGAGGGCUGCAAGGGUGGAGACAUGACCCACGAGGUUGA